UGGAGCACAAAGUCAUCUCUCUGGUAAAGAAUCAGCUGAAGAGGUUUGUGAAGAUGCUGAAGAAUCUGGAUUACCCAGCAUGCUCUGGGAGAGAGGAGGAGGAUGAGGAGGAUCAGAGUGGUGUCAGAGAGGGAGCGCUGAAGAUCACACUGCACGUCCUGAGAAACAUGAACCAGACAGACCUCGCUAACAAACUGCAGACCAAACUGGCUCCAUCCUGCCACCGAAAGCUCAAAUCAACACUAAAGGCAAAAUUUCAGAAAAUUAAUGAAGGAAUCUCAGAUCCUGGAACCUCAACCCUUCUGAAUGAGAUCUACACAGAUCUGUACAUCACAGAGGGAGGGAGUGGAGAGGUCAAUAAUGAGCAUGAGGUCAGACAGAUUGAAGCAGCAUCCAGGAGACCAGCAACACAGGAGACGCCCAUCAAAUGUAACGACCUCUUUAAAGACCAGUCCAUCAGAACUGUGCUGACUAAAGGAGUUGCUGGAAUUGGAAAAACUGUCUCUGUGCAGAAGUUCAUUCUGGACUGGACUGAAGGAAAAGCCAAUCAGGAUGUUCUCUUCAUAUUUCCACUUCCUUUUAGAGAGCUGAAUCUGAUGAAAACUGAAAAUCUCAGUCUGGAGGAUCUUCUUUAUCAGUUUUUUAGGGACACAAAAUACUUAAAACCAAUAGAAUAUCAUCACUACAAAUUCAUGUUCAUCUUUGAUGGUCUGGAUGAAUGUCGACUUCCUCUAGAUUUCCAGAACAAUAAGAGAGUAUCUGAUGUAACACAGUCAGCCUCAGUGGAUGUGCUGCUGACAAACCUCAUCCAGGGGAACCUGCUUCCCUCUGCUCUCCUAUGGAUAACUACUCGACCAGCAGCAGCCAAUCAGAUCCCUCCUGACUGUAUUGAUCAGGUAACAGAGGUACGAGGGUUCAGUGACCCUCAGAAAGAGGAAUACUUCAGGAAAAGGAUCAGAGAUCAGAGCCUUGCUGAAAGAAUCAUUACACACAUGAAGUCCUCCAGAAGCCUCUACAUCAUGUGCCACAUCCCAGUCUUCUGCUGGAUCUCAGCCACUGUUCUAGAGAGGAUGUUGGGUGAAGCAGAGGGAGGAGAGAUCCCCAAGACUCUGACUCAAAUGUUCACACACUUCCUUAUCUUUCAGAUCAAACACCGCAGCCAGAAGUACCAAAGAAAAAGUGAUGUUGAUCUUGACCAGACUAGAGAGAUUAUUCUGGCUCUGGGAAAACUGGCUUUCCAACAGCUGGAGAAAGGAAACCUGAUCUUCUAUGAGGAAGAUCUGAGAGAGUGCAGCAUUGAUGUCAGAGAAGUGUCUGUGUACUCAGGAGUGUGCACCCAGAUCUUCAGACAGGAGUCUGAACUUCACCUGGGGAAGGUUUUCAGCUUUGUUCAUCUGAGUGUUCAGGAGUUUCUGGCUGCUUUAUAUGAGUUUCUGUCCUUCAUCUCCAACAACAGAAAUGUGCUGCAACAGAAACACAGUGGAUUUGGUUUCUCCAAAAAAGAAACAAUGUCUGACUUCCUGAAGAGAGCCGUGGACAAGGCCUUACAGAGUGAGAACGGACACCUGGACCUUUUCCUCCGAUUCCUUCUGGGUCUCUCACUGGAGUCCAAUCAGACUCUCUUACGAGGUCUUCUGAUACAGACAGAGAACAUCUCUCACAGUAAAGAGGAAGUAGUGGAGUACAUCAAGCAGAAGAUCAGGGAGAAUCCCUCUCCAGAGAAAACUAUCAGUCUGUUCCACUGUCUGAAUGAACUGAAUGAUCAUUCUCUAGUGCAGGAAGUCCAGAAAUACCUGAACAGAGGAGAUUCCAGUGAUCUCAGAGGAGUUACUUUCUCUCCUGAUCAGUGGUCAGCUGUGGCGUUUGUGAUGCUGAAUUCAGAAGAGGAGCUGGAUGAGUUUAACCUGUGGAAAUUUGAGACUUCAGAGGAAUGUCUUCUGAGGUUGAUGCCGGUGAUUAAAGUGUCCAGAAGAGCUAAGCUGGAUUGGUGUAAUCUAUCAGAUAAAAGCUGUGCAGAUCUGACCUCAGCUCUCAGCUCAAACUCCUCAACUCUGAGAGAACUGAACCUGAAUAAUAAUGAACUGCAGGAUUCAGGAGUGAAGCUGCUCUCUGCUGGACUGAAGAAUCCACACUGUAAACUGGAGAAACUGUGGCUGGAUGGGUGUAAUCUAUCAGAGAAAAGCUGUGCAGAUCUGACCUCAGCUCUCAGCUCAAACUCCUCAACUCUGAGAGAACUGAACCUGAAUAAUAAUAAACUGCAGGAUUCAGGAGUGAAGCUGCUCUCUGCUGGACUGAAGAAUCCACACUGUAAACUGGAGAAACUGUGGCUGGGUUCCUGUUAUCAAUCAGAUAAAAGCUGUGCAGAUCUGGCCUCAGUUCUCAGCUCAAACUCCUCAACUCUGAGAGAACUGAACCUGGGUGGUAAUAAACUGCAGGAUUCAGGAGUGAAGCUGCUCUCUGCUGGACUGAAGAAUCCACACUGUAAACUGGAGAAACUGUGGCUGCGUUGGUGUAAUCUAUCAGAGAAAAGCUGUGCAGAUCUGGCCUCAGUUCUCAGCUCAAACUCCUCAACUCUGAGAGAACUGUACCUGAGUUAUAAUGAACUGCAGGAUUCAGGAGUGAAGCUGCUCUCUGCUGGACUGAAGAGUUCACACUGUAAACUGGAGAAACUGGAGCUGUGGAGCUGCAGUAUUACAGAAGAAGGCUGUGCUGCUUUAGCUUCAGCUCUGAAAUCAAACCCCUCACACCUGAGAGAGCUGGAUCUGAGCUUCAAUAAUCCAGGAGAGUCAGGAAAGAAGCUGCUCUCUGAUCUACAGAAGGAUCCUCACUUUAAACUGGAGUAUCUAUUCUUCUGAAAACCUGACCUGCUCUUAUUGGACAAUCUGGGCUCUUCAUCAGCUCUUCAUUCAGCACUUAUGUGGAGUUUAGAAGCUUCCAAAAUGUUCAUAUGAGCUGAAGUGAGAUCUGACUGUUCAGCUGCUGGAAUAGCUGAACUAAACAGUAACAGAUCAUUAUCAGAACAGCUCUAAUCUUCUUAUCAGAGUGGAAAUAGAACCUUGUUGAUUUCUAUAUUGUGGAGUUUAGUAGGAAAGUGGGAGUCUUGUCUGUCAGAAACUGAAAUUUUCACAGAUUAUAUUUUGGUUCCAGAAGAUUCUUAAUUUCUACUGAAAGUCAGUGAGAGGUAGAGCAGCAUUUUCAGACUCUUGGGUAAAUACCCCGAGCUCUAAAUCAUUGGCUGUGCUAAAAUGUGGUGUGGAAUCUGGUUUAGAGAGAUCUGAAUCUACACAUACAGUAUAGUACACUUUUAUAUUCUGUACAGCAGACAGAGCAGUGAGGGUUAACCAGUCGACAGUGAUCAGUUCAGCACUGUCUUAUACUUUUAUCAUGUUGUUUAAAUCAAUAAGAAAUGUGUGGAAACCUUCAUAAACUGUAUAAACUGUAUCCACACUCAUUCUUUUAACUUUUACAGAGCCUUAAAAUAUGUUUUAUUUAUUUUUAAGCACUUAUAACCAGAAACAGGAGCUGGAAAUUAGCUUCAGUUAGAAUUCCUAUAUACAUUACAUAACUUGUAUUUUGUUUAACAGUGUUUAUCUGAAUUGUCCCUGUAAAAUAUGUAAAUAAAUACAUGUAUAUAUCACUUGGCGUUUACCAUUUUUAAAUAUAUUGUACUUAAAUUUCUAUACUAAACACACAGUUUAAAUUUAAAUGUGUAUUCAGUACAGAGUACAGAGAAAUUGUGCCGUUUUAUUCUCAGUCUGGUAAAAGUAAAAACAGUGGACAGCUUGCACCUCA